UUGAAAUGCCAGUCACCCCUUGGCUUUUUCUUCAUUCUUGAUCACGCACAAUUCCUCUGCAUUGAUGUGAGGGAGCUGGGAGCUCGGAACGUGCUGAGGAAAUUCCCCAUUCUCUGCCUGAACGACAGCUGAAGUUGAUGUGAAGGUUUCAGACUGUGGAUUUUAUCCUCUUUGAGAUUUCCAGGAAUAGACUGAUUUUUACUUUGGAGGAUUUGCCAGUGCUGUCAUUGUCUGUGUUCCUGGCUCCUGACUAAAAACAGUUUAAGAGCGAUUGGGACUUCUGUGAUCAGAGCGGCAAGGACUCAACUUUCUCUCCUUUUUCAGCCUCUGCCUGCCCCGUUCAGACAUAGCUGCGGAUCUCCCCGGUAAGGUGGGGGACCGAUAAAAGAGGGGGUGUGUGGAUGUCCUGUACUGCUGGGGUUUGAUCUGGACUUUAAGCUGGACUCGCCAUCUGCCCCCACAGCAGUCACAGAGUGUAUGAUCCAGUGUAUUUUACUCAGUAAGUGGUUCUCUGCAGGAUACUGUCACUGAAUGUGUGUGUGUUUGUGAAAGGAUUUCUGCGGACAAGGAGCAUUUGCAUUUCAUGUUGCUGUUAAUAUGGCAGGCACCUUGCACGGACACAUACCCCUUCUGUCUGAUACAUACAGACUUACUGUGUGCAUCCUUUGCUGAGCUAGGGCACCAAGGAACUAGCACCCUAAUUGUGCGCCCAAGCGCACCCUGAACAAAAUGAAUGCAACUGAGCUGAACCAAAGCACAGAACCCUUUUGCCUGCUGGACAUUGGCUACUCUCAGAUCUACGACACCUGCCUGCUGGAAGUAGCUGUUAUUUUCUUCUUGACGAUGCUCAUCAUCUCUGGAAAUCUGGUUGUUAUCUUUGUGUUCCACUGUGCACCACUACUCAGCCAUCAUACAACCAGUUCCUUCAUACAGACAAUGGCAUACGCAGACAUCCUGGUCGGGGUCAGCUGUCUCAUCCCUUCACUGUCCCUGCUCUACCACCUGGAGGACUUGAACGAGAAACUCACCUGCAUGGUUUUUAGCUACAUGGUGUGCGUGUUGAAGAGUGUCUCCAUGGCCUCUCUGGCAUGUGUUAGUGUCGACCGUUACAUUGCCAUCACCCGGCCUCUUUCCUACGCAGCUCUGGUCACACCCUGCCGUCUUCGCACCUGUAUCGCCCUUAUUUGGCUAUACUCCGCACUCAUCUUUUUGCCCUCUUUUUUUGGUUGGGGUAAGCCAGGAUACCAUGGUGAUGUGUUCAAGUGGUGCUCCUCCUGGGACACCCAGCCCCUCUUCACCACCUUUAUUGUUGCUGCCCUCUAUGCACCGGCUGCUUUCACUGUUUGCUUCACCUAUGCCCAUAUCUUUCGCAUAUGUCGGCAGCACACCCGUCAGAUCAGUGAACGAAGGGCUCGCUUUGGCCCACAAGAUUCUGAGCCAGGUGAACAAGCCUACACAGACAAACGUUACGCAACUGUGCUCUUCCGUAUCACCAGUGUUUUCUACCUGCUUUGGCUGCCCUACAUCAUCUACUUUCUGCUGGAGAGCGCAGGGAUAUACCACCAUGCCAUCGCCUCAUUUCUGACCACAUGGCUGGCCAUUAGCAAUAGUUUUUGCAACUGCCUCAUCUACAGCCUUUCCAACAGCGCCUUUCGCAAAGGCCUUAAGCGCAUCUGCCUUCUAUGUCUGCAAAGUACCGACACCAAGAAGCCCCUUGGAGAUCUAACAGCUCCUUCUCGUCCAGCUUGUCAUGUGUAGCGCCUUCUGUUGGAAAGGAGAGUCAAUUUGGCGAUGAUGGCAAGUGUCUUGUCAAGUUAAAAGUGGAUGCUGAAGAUUUGUAUCUGUGCAUCUGUGCGCUGUCCCAGUUUGGUCCCAGUCAGUUGGUCUGUUGGUCAGACAAUGGUCUGUUUCACUAUGUGUAGUUGUGGAGUUAUAUUGGAAGGAGAGGUUGACCCUUAACCCUGGUCAUUAGAAAUGAAGAGGAACGUUAUGUGAUAGUGGGCUACACUCAUUGGUGUUUACUGAUAUACCAUUUUCAGCAUAUUUUGAUACAAUGAAUACACAUACAGUGAUAACCGUGAGUAAGUGAUGGGGAAAGGAGAAAAAUCGAAUUCUGUUAGAUAGAAUUGUGAUUAUAAAGUUUUUAGAUUUCUUUGUCAGUAUGCAAAAAAGCGUACUUUUCAUUAGUGACAAAAACAGUGCUGAGGUAUGUGGAUUUUAUUUAUUUUUACACUAGAAAUACACAAUUUCUACCGCGUAAUUUCAGAGGAUGAACUGGUCAUGACCCUUCUCCUUAGUGGAAUAAUUUUUUGGUAGAUUCACAGUGCUUUUUGUCUCUGGACCAGCUACGAGUCUUGACCUUAAGUAGUCAGAUUGGAAUUUUUUUCACAAGAGCUUUUCCCAAAGAGCACAAUUCUACCCAAGCCCUUCAACAAUGCAGCAAUUACACUGUCUUCCUAUUUUAUGAUUAUAUAAUGCCAUGGAGGGAUUACAUUAUCACGCCUCCAAUAUAAGGACAUCAUCCUUAAAAAGCGACAUUAAUACAACAUCAAUCAGAUGGCCUAUUCUGCCUGACUCCUUUCUAACCCUUGAUCGAACUGGUGAUCGAACUUUCUUCUCUCACCCCCAACUCCAUAGGCCAUAAUCCUUCUGAAGGAUUUAUUUAAUUACUUGUAGGGUCUGGUUUGACAUUGAUUUCAGUUUGUUAGUAAUGCCUAUUGGACCUUGUAAUACCUGCUAGAAUGACUCUUUGACUUGCCCUCUACCGUGAAGUACCCUGUGGAACUCAUUGCCAUGCUUGGUUUGCUUUCUCGUGUUGCAAUGAGUUAUAGUGAUGGGAUGAAUGGUUAAAGAGGGGAAGGGAACAUCUUUCCAAACGCAUUGCUCAAAGAACAUCACACUUAAAAUAUGACCACACAUGAACAUAACAGCUGUUAAUUACAUCAGAGGGGUUUUAAGAUAAACGGCACUGUAGUGGUAUAGGUGCUGAUGUGGAAAAGACAAGGGCAGUUAAUGAUUAAAAUGCGGGUCGUUUUUAAAGCUACUGAAACGAUGAUGGCAGUAUGCAGUGGUCAAAGUUCUGGCAGAUGUUCCUGAAUAAUCUUGCAUGUGCAUAUACAAUCUUAAAAAAUACUAAUGUAGCAAAAAACAGAGAGUGAACUACUUUUUAUUGCGCUGUAUUAUGUAUCUUUGUGACAAACUUAAGAAACCUCAUAUACAGAUUCUGUACAUAAUUAAUUUGUGGAGGUGCCAAGAAAACAGGGCAUUGAAAAUCACGCCCUUUGUCCUUCUUAAUGCUACGACUGUGAUCAUGAAUUCCCCUCAUUUGGAUGGUACUGUUAAAUAUUGGUUCCUAUGCAGAUAUCUUUGUCUUCAUUAUUGACCAAAGUAAGAAAUAUAUUUAUUGGAGCUUUCUGAUAAUCAUUCUUUUUAUUUAUUUACUUUUUAAUAAUAGAGGAUUCACAAAAUUGUUUAAGUAUUAAGAUUGAAAACACAUUUUGUUGAAUAUAGUGUUUCAUCGUUUGCAAAUGUAAGAAGUCUUAUUAGAUAAAACGUCCCUUUUCUCUUUAUAUAUAAUGUAAUAAUAUUUUGAGGAUGACUUUUACCCUCUCUUUAAUGGAAUGCUUUUCAUUGGCGAGGGUCAUGUUUUGCAUAUCUCAAAGUCCAAUUUUGGUAUGACAUUAUGACAGAGACUCUAAUUUUAUAACCAAAGUAGUAGUUUGAAACUAAACAGAAAUUAAUGGACUUGCUUUCGUAGUUGUAAUACUGUUAUGUGACAAAGUGUGACUUAUAAAUGUAACGUCAAGCCUUUGAAAGGUAAUCUGUUAGGUAGGGUUGAUACAUUCUGAACUGCCAUGUCAUGGCAGGGCGCUGUGCAAUACUUCCAUUUUCUAGAGAAAACAUACCGCACACAAUAGAAAAGGGCUUUUAUUUUAUCCAGGUGUCCUACAUUUGUGUUGAAAUGCAGAUCUUGAUCUGGUGGCCUCUGGCCAUGUGCUGUUUUUUAACCAGAGCUGAAAGAAUUUGUGUAUCACUGUUGAGCCGUUUACUCAUCCACCACUUUAUUGAUCGCACAUGACCACGAGUGUGCGGAACGUCAUGGGUGUUUAUGUGCUUUAAACCAAACAAAGGCACGUGUCUAUUCUGAGAAAAUGUUCUUAAUUUAUUUUUGGACUCUGUAAUGCUCCUGGUGCAUCUGCGUUCAGAACUCACUCAAAUCCCUCUAAUCUGUAAAACAUUUCUUUUAUUCACCUAGAAAUAAACUGAGAUUAAAUUAAACACCCCAAAUGUUCAUGUCCAUGUUUGAGUAACUGUCUCUUACAUUUGCUCUUACAUUAGAUUUUUAGAGACCAGAUUAUCCAAACCAUUUGUUACUCUUAUUUUAAAGUCUAAAAGAUUAGAGAAUUUUAGAAUUGUGAAUUCCAAUAGGGAAUAUCAAUGUUUCGAGUGACGUCCUGUUAUAAGAUAUUUCAUUGGCUUGAAUAAAUAGUGAUAGUUAUGUCAGAUUUUUGUGCAAAAUGUUCUUUCAGAUCGGUUCUUUUCAACGAAUCAGUCAAACAGGUUCACAAAUUGGUCUACAUGACUCAUUAGUGAACUAGUCUGAAUUUAAAUAAAAUUAAUUUGAAUGGAUAUUCAUUGGUCAAAAAGAGUGGGAACAUUGUUUAUAUAUAUAUAUAUAUAUUUGAAAUUCUAGAUCUUAAAGCAUGUUUACCUGUUUUUAAGAUCUGUAGAUAUUGUCUUUUGAGGAUAUGUCUACAUGCCUCUUUCUAUGUGAAAGAUGUAGUUAGUGGGAUUUUUGUCUUUGACAAAUGCAAUUAUUGUUUUGUUUUUUGUCUGAGGGUAACAUUUACACUUGGUCACUUCAUUUGUUUUGACUGAUUGGAUUGCUGGAUCUGAUCAUGAAAGUCCAAGUGUAAAUGCCCUGCUAGACGGAUUCGAGACGGAUAUAAAUCCGUAGGUGGUUUGAGACACAUUCCCAGUCAAAACUUGAUCAGUAAAACUGCAUGAAGUGACCAAGUGUAAAUACCCCCAUGGAUUUUAAGACCGCACUGCUGCCCAAACAGGUGUCGGCAUUGCAUGUUUUGCGUCAUAUACAAUGGUACGUCUGUCUAGUAUGGGAAAGUUUUCAAUGUAAUUGAACUUUUGGGACAUUUCGAUGCCAGAGAGCUUGAUUUGCAUGUUUUUGUCUCUGUAUGAUGCCAAAGCAUUUUUUUUUUCCUGUGGGAAAAUGGCUCUGUUCUUGAAAUCAAUUCAAGGGCUAGUGCUCUCAAGGGAGCUAAUCUCCCAUGAUAACUUGUUCUCUGCUGUGCCAUAUUAGGAUGCAGGAACACACACCCCUCUGCCCACACACACACACAAACACACCCCUCUGCACCCUCGCCUUAAUUGUACUAGGCAUCUUUAUUUAAUUUAUUUGUUUAUCUUUUAAAAAUCUGUUAAAUUGUUGAGCCAGGUUCUUUAAUUAUUGAUCUUGCCCUCUUAAGUGGCUCUGAUUUUUAUUUGACUAACUGGAGAGAGGUGUUAUUCACCUUUCACCUUUAAGUGUCCCAAAUUGUAUUUAAUUUCUUUGAGUGAAGUUGCUGGGCUGAAAGGAAACUCCAUAUUUAUUUCAGCAAAUCCAACAAAAUGUUGUUGUAGGGCUCUAGCUGAGGUACUGGCGUACUGUACUGCAAGUUUGGUAAUGAUGUCAUGUUUUAGAAAAUAUUUGUGGAUAAUAUAUUUAUAUUCUGGUAUAUCUGCACUGAGAAAAUAAAUGUGAUCUUAUCCAGUCUUGUUUGAACAUCUGUUAUUGAAUGAAUAAAGAAAAUAUUUGAGUGCAUGUGUGUGUGUGUUUGUUGAAUGUAUGCUGUUUUAUGUAGAUGUAUGUAUGUGCUUGAGUGAGCGUCUGACAGUACAUUAAUAGUCGUCUCUUUGCAGACAGGCUUUAGUAGGUAAUUACUUGCAUUGCAAUGCAAUUUGGACAAAUCUUACUUUUGCUGAUUUUUUUAAAUAACACAAUUAAUGCAAUGUUUUUUUGUUUUUUGUUUUUUCAUUUUGCUAAAUUUAAUGAAUGUUUUUCCUCAUUUCCUGUGGCAAAAAUAGACAUACCUAAAUGUUCAAUAGGUACCAGCAUGACUCGACUGCACAUCCUAAUACAGAAACUAAAAACAUAUCAUUUAAAAAGUCUACUGGAAAAUGCCAGAAGAUUUUGCCCAUCUUUUAAUUACAGCAUGUCCAAUGAUUUUUGGCAUAUUUAUCAAAGAUUUAUACCUGUACAAAUGUGACUAAUUAACUGUAUUUACA